ACAUAACAUUCAUACCAAAUGAGAAUCUAAUAUAAAAUAGAAAUCGUACUACAUGAGAGCUCUAUAUGAUCACUGAGGACAUUAUAUUCUUCACAAUACAUAGAGGGAACCUAAUAUAAAACAGAGGCCAUACAGGAGAGUUCCAUAUAGUUACUGAGGAAUCGGAAUAUUUAACAUUCUCCACAAUACAUAGUGGGAACCUAAUACAAAAUAGAAUAUACAAUCAGGAUAUGAGAAUAUUACAUUCUCCACAAUAGUGGAACCUAAUUCAUAUGAAACAAAUCAUACAAUAGAGCUCCACACUAUAUAAGACAAAUCAUGAAGUUUUUCAUUACAAUUCUAUACAUGACAAUACAUACUGAUUAUACCAUUGGACAAAUAAUAGGAGAUUGGGAAGAGAUAUUUGAACCAGACCCACUUCCCGACCCACCUUUAGUUGCUCUACCCCAGUGCGGGGUUGUUAAUUGGGUCCCUCCUGACCCUGGGUGUGCAAAUGAAACAACCCAACCAUGGCGAUGGAAGAAGUAUUCAUGUAGGAACAGAUGUGGAGAUCAGAAUAUUAAUAGAAAUUUUGCAGCAUUCUGCUCCUGUGGCCCCAUGUGCAUGAUACAGCACGACUGUUGUGAGGAUUUCAAAGAGCAAUGCAUAUCUGACCACAACACAGCUAGCCUGAUUGGCGAUGAAUUCCAUGCAAAUGGGGAUUUUAAAGAUGACCAAUUUGAAUGCUCGUUACUUUAUAAGACUGAAAAUCCCGAUAGCCAUUAUUGGUUGAUUAACAAAUGCGGUUCUAAUUGGCCAAACGAUACCAUACGCGGCCUGUGUGAAAAUGAAUAUGUGGAUUUUGCAACAAUACUGCCAGUGCUGUCACACACUCACAACAAUGUGAGCUAUAAGAACUAUUACUGUGCUGCAUGCAACAAUGAUGUCAAUUAUAUUCCAUGGGGUCUUGAUGUGACAUGCAAGGACAUUUAUGAGGGCUCCUUAGACACACCACAAAAAGUCCUUAAUAAAAUUGAGAAAGGUAGCUGCACAUUAGAAUACACCAUUCCACAUAAUGUUAAGCAUCACUGUCUAUAUGCCGAAAUAGAACUUGACUGUCUGGAAACACCAUUAAAAUGUCCACCAGAAUUUUCUGAACUUUGUAAUGGUUCUCCUAGUACCCAAAUGCCAGUCACAUACAAAUACGGGGAAAAAUAUGUAAACUUUAAAAAUGUGUACUGCGCAGUGUGUAGUGGGGUGAGUGGAACAGCACUACUUGACAAAUAUUGUGAGACAAUACCGAAACAGGAAAGCUUGCCAAGUUCUCCUCACCUCAGUCAAUUCUCCUUUGGGAUUCUUGUUGAUUUUAACCCAAGUGGCGGGAAUAAAGUUGGGCUUGAAUUUGGAGUUGAAACAAAGGAAUUUGGAUGCAGCAUUGGAGAGACGAGUGCAAAUUGUAUAUCGUACUGUCGUGAUGGUUACACAUAUAUUGAUGGAAGUUGCAUCUUUCAAUUUCAUCACCUCGAGAUGGUAAUCAAUGGAACAAUCGCAAUUGAAAAUGAAGGUGAUGUUUAUGGUGAUGACUCUUUGUACUCACCUAGAUAUAUAUUGAAAAUAGCAAUCAUUAAAUCUUUUGAACCUUUUUUAGUGGAAAAUCAUGCAGUUAACAGCAUUUAUGUUGAGGUGGAUGUAGAUACGAUAUCACACAGGAUAAUUUACUACGUUCCUGGGAAAUACAAACUCAAAGCUGGGGAUGAAAAACCAGUUAAAACAAUCCAUUUGGAAUUUUUGGCUGAAAUUGUAGAAUAUGUUCAAAAUAAUGUAACAGCAACAAUAGCAGGCUAUGACUCAACCUUAGAGCCUCAACUCAACGAAACAUGCCUUGACUUGCUUGGUUACACAACAUGCUGGAAAAAUGGAUCAAAUCUGAACUCAACAUAUAAUGGACCACACAUAGACCUGCACUUUUAUAAGCCUAACGAAACAUCUCCAGAUUCAAACAAUUUAACAACACCUGAUUGCACCAGGCAAGCUUUCAAUGCUGACUCAUUUGAGAUAUUAUCCAAUGGGAGUGCACUCUUGAUUCACUCCGAAACUAUAAUUCCAGCAGAUGACUUCCUGUUGAGUGGAAAUUACAUUUAUGUUUGUGUGAAUGAAACUGAACUGACCUCCCGAUUGGGGCAAAACUGGGUGUUUAAUGACAUAAUGGGUCUCCUUACUAUCAUAUUAACAGUAUUAUCUCUCAUUUGUCUCCUUAUACGGCUCAUACUUCAGUUUAUCGUACCACUUUACCAGAACUUUCCAGGAAAGAUGCAAUUUGGAUUAAUCCUUGCCUUAUUUCUAGCGAAUCUCUUCUUCUUACUUGGGCCUAUUUCUCUUGAAGUUCCAAAGCUGUGCAUAGCAAUUGGAGUACUGAUUCACUACUUCUUCUUGGCUGCAUUCAUGUGGAUGAUCGUCAUCGCAAGAGAUAUGCAAUAUUUAUUUAGUGAGUCCAGUUUCAGUAAAAUAUCAGAUAGAAGCUCUAAGGAUUUAGUGUUUUAUGGUGUGUUUGCAUGGCGUGUUCCUUUAGUAUUCAUAGCCAUAGCACUGACAUUGGACUACACAAAUAUUGACCAGGAUUUCAAACCAUUAUAUGGUCAAGGUGUCUGCUGGAUAUCCCAAAAAUACCCCCUACUGAUACUUUUUGCUAUUCCUAUAGCUCUUAUGAUUAUCAUCAAUUUGGGAUUUUUUAUUCCAACUGCCAAUUCACUUUGGAAAUCCAUGGCUAAACGUGCAAUGACAACUAUGGAAAAGAAGCACAAAUACCCAUUCUCAAUUUACUUGAAAUUGUUUGCAUUGAUGGGUUUCACGUGGGUGUUUGCAUUCAUUGCUCCAUUCGUUCCCGAACUUUGGUAUGUGUUCAUCGUACUCAACUGCAGUCAAGGUGUUUAUAUAUUCCUGGCCUUUGUCUGUACCAAACAAGUGAGGGAUCAUUUCUCAUUGAGGUGGAGUAGUUGGUCGAGUUCAUGGAGGUCUCAAUCUACUGCAGUGAACUCUCACUCAGAGGUCAAAGGUGAAGGAGGUGAGAUAGGUUCAAAGGUCAAGGGCAAACUUGACAUCACUGAUGUGCAAGUUAAAUUAGCAGAAAAUGAACCACAUAUAAAUGCGAAAGAGGAAUCUACAAAACUGUGAUUGUUGACUAUGAGAGGACAAAGGUCAAAGUUAUGCGAUGGGGUCAGAGGUCAGAGUGAUGUUAUUAGUUCAGAGAUUGAAGUUCCAAGGAAUGAGAUGUUUUCCAGGGAUAAAGAUAAAAGGUCAAAGUAAUAUGAAUUGUUCAAGUGUCAAAAAGAGGUCAAAAUCAGGAAAUAUUUGGUUUGAUGAUUUUUGUUAUUUUAGUACCCCACACAAAUUUUUGAUAUUAAAUUUGACCCAUGAUUUGAAGACUAUCCUACAUUAUUUGUUAUCAAAUUUAGCACAAAUAAACUAGAUAUAAAUUAAUUUAUUUCCCUUGGACCAAACAUUUAGAUCAAUCUAUUUGGCAUUCAUUCAAUCAGACAGCAUUGUGGUUCUAUAAUUCUGACUUGUUAAUAGUAUACAGAAUCAUGUACAUUUAUAUUAUAUUGAAUAAUACAUAUUUAUUGAGAAACAUAAUUGAGAUAGAAUGGGCUCUGCAAAGUCAGAGAUUUAUAAAUGAUUAGUUUGGAUCACUCUUAGAGUACUACGGUUAUAAAUCAAAUAUAUAUUUUUAUAUUGCAUGUUUACAUAAAUUCUGAAAAUAUAAUUAAUGAGUUCAUAGAGGAUACCCCAUUAUUCAUGAGUUAUGUGAUUUUUAUCCAUCAAAUGGAUCAUAGGAUGUUCUUUUUAUUCUACAGUUAAAGGGUUCCUAACCUCUAGUAUUAUAUUAUAAAUGUCCACUGAACCAUUUUUACUAUUAGCCACAUUUUGAAUUAGAUUAUCUGUUAACCAUCAGAUACAUAAGGGAUAUGUACUGGGAGGUUUGGAUACAGGUUUUAUUCCGAGGAAUCCUAGAUCCAAAACCGACCAUACAUAACAGAUGUGUUCCAUACAUUCUGAAGUUCUUGGUAUAAUUCUACUUCCUAAGAUUCCAAAAUUUUCAGAAAUAGAUUUUUGUACCAUUAAUUUUAAUUUUCAACAACGUUUUUCAAAAACCAUAGUGAAAAUUUUCUCAUUAGAAUUCUCAAAAUCGGUAUUUAAAAAUUGUGAAGCAAGGCCAGAAUGGAUACAGCCUGUGUUUCCUUGUCCUCAGCGAUAAAAGGAUAGAUACAGAAAAUAUCCAUCCUGGUCCCUAGAUAACUAUACAUUCCCACACAUUAUACAUUCCCACACAUUAUGUACCCAGAACUUCAGUAGGUUUCGGGAAUAAAUUACCAUGUAUUUGAUGGUUGAGUAAAUGAUUGAUGUGAAUAUCACAGUAAUUGUAAAAUAAAAUAUCAAUUAUUAUGAUAAAAUAAACUGAUAAAUUAAAAACCACCUACCUUGUUUGAGCUUUGAUAACAUGGACUUCUCAGCAUCUACUGAUGCACUCUUGCCAACAAGUAACCUCUUUGCCAAGUCUUUUUUAUAAAACGCUUCAAACACAUCUUUUCCUGAAAAUAGUAAU